ACAGUUUGUUGACUUCCUGUCUUGUUUUCUAGAAAAGAAUUCGUCAAUUCGUCUGUCAUUGUCAAAUGUUAUUGUUAUUGCGCAAUUUAUAUUAUCUUCCAAAAUGUCUCUGAACACUUCUCAUGCACAAAACAGUGGAGUAUUAAUUUAUUCAGGGGAGAGGAUACUUAUAUUUUACAAUGCCAUUGAAAUGACAUUUGAAGGACCAAACACACCACAUUUUAAGGGAAAGAAGAAGGGCAGAAUUUAUUUAACAACUCACAGAAUGAUAUUUACAAGCACAGAUGGGAAAGAUGUUCUUCAGUCAUUUUCUUUCCCAUUUUUGAACCUACGAGAAGUAGAAUUAGAGCAACCAAUUUUUGGUGCCAAUUUUAUUAAAGGUAGAAUAAUUGCUGAACAAGGAGGUAACUGGAAUGGGGAAGCGAAAUUUAAGAUGCAUUUUAAUCAUGGUGGAGCAAUUGAAUUUGGACAGUGUAUGCUAAAAGCUGCCCAGCUUGCUUCUAGAAAUAGACCACCACAACCACCACCAUACAGCCCACCAACUGGUCCUAUUUAUCAGGCUCCUCCACCAGCUUACGAGGCACCCCACACACAGUUCUAUGACUGGGUACCAUAUCAGACAUUCCCAACAGCCCCACCACCGGAAUAUGUAUAUAUGACAGAAGCUCCCCCACCAUAUCCAGGUGUUGAUCCCAAUGCUGCAGUUUAUCCACCACCAUAUGCUGGAGCAAAUAAUACAGGAAAUGCUAAAGAAAGAGAAGCUGCAGCCAGUGCAUAUUACAAUCCAGCAAACCCACAGAAUGUCUACAUGCCAGCACAAAACAUGCAAAAUGGAUAUCAACAGCCACCUCCUAGUUAUGAUGAUGCCACCAAAAAACAGAAUUAAGAAAAUAAAUAGUACAUCUUUUCCAUUUUUUUUUAUAUCAAAUACAAGGGAAUUUAGCUUUCUCAAAAAGUGCUCACCAAUUUGAUAUAACAAAAAAAAAGAUGAGUAUGAGAAAUUGAUUUAUCACCCAAUAUCAUUCUGAAAGGAAAGAGGGUUGAAAUUGGAUUAAGUUACCAAUUAAAGCAAUGUCUUGUUGGAUUAUAAAAAUAAUGUUAUUAUAAAAGAAGUUGGUGAAUAUUGUAAAUAUUUGUUCUUGUUAAUAACUGGCAUAAAUGUAUGUUAUUUUUUUUUUAACAAAAAUGUAUAAUUAAGUUUUAUAUAAAUUUAUUAACAUUGGAAUAGGUGUCUGGAAAUGAAUUCAGAAGUACAUGUAUUGUCUUUUCUAGUCUACAACUACCGGUAUGUAUUUUAUAUACUGGAUAAAAUAUAAAUUUUUGUGAUUUUAAACUUAUUGAUUAAAGAGUGUUGAAGUAUGGGAAAAACAUUUGUUGUAGAAAACGCCCUACUGUUUAAAAGAUAUUUAUUUAUUGUGAGUCUUUAAUUUUAUUUAACCUGGUUAUAUCAUACUUUCAUAUAAAAGUAAGAAAUAUGCUUUUUAAACACACCCACCCAUGGUGAUAUUUCUCAUGAAUAGAAAAACGUGCAUAUACUUCCUGUGCGUAAAAAAAAAAUGAUCAUCAUAAAUGAAUAAAAGUUCAUUUUAAUAUAUCUAGGUUUGGGGUGUGAGUGAUCAACCUCCUAUAUUAUUAUUAGGUUAUUUCGAAUGUUAUGUUUUUGUUACAUUAUUACUCUGCCUUUCCAUUAUGGGAGAUAACACAUAAAGUACACGAAUGCUGAAAUUACAUUUGCAUGUUUUGUAAUAUAGUUAAAGGUCUACUAGAUGUGUAGUACUGCUUCCACAAUUCCCUGAUUUAAUUCUGAAUGAAUUGAAAGGAUUUGGGUUAAAAUCCUCUGCCAAGUUACAAGAAAUUUAGAAAAUACUAAAAAAAUAUAAAAUAGGUUUCAAAUACAAAAUGGAGGUAAAUCUUUUAUUGGUUAUUUGGUUAUUUUGAUUAUAAUUUUAAUGUUGAAUUUUAUAUAUCUUGUGUUAUUGAUUUGCAAAAAAAUUAAAAUUAUUACUGCAUUCACUCAGUGCACCCCUUAUUAAGAAUAAAUUAGGAAAAUAUAUAAUUAUAAUAUAAUUAAUGUGGUUGAUGUUCUUUACUUUAUGAAUAUCCAAAAAAAAUUAUUUCUUUAAUGGGGUGUUUGGGUGGACGAAUGGUCUACUGCAUGAACUUUAGAUCAUUAAGGUCUGUCAUUGAGUCAAGUAAGUGGUUUUGAUCACAGGCUUGUAUGUGAGGAGGAGUAGGGUCGCUUGCCUAACCUCUGGGUAUUAUGAUAUAAUAUACACAGGAUAGUGGUUUCUACCGAUAACUAUAAUUACAACAAAAUCUAAAGCCAUUUUGUGUUACUAUAUAGUUACGAAAAAUUAUGAUGAGAGAUCUACCACAUGCUACAUAAGUACCUAGCACUGAGCCAAUUUAGACUCUGUACACAUAAGGUAGAAAGGGAUAGACGUAACAAUUCUUCAUCACCAGGGAUGAGAGAACCUGUAAAAAUUGUAUCAGUCGAGAAGUGGAUGAUGAAACAAGUGGAUGUUGAAACAAGCGUUUUACUUCAUAGCUUUACUAAAAAAUUUCCAGGAAAAGCUUUUAAGCCACCGCUCUAUUAUUGUACAAUGCAGAUCAUAACAUAUAAUGAAUGAUGAUAAAUGCAUAUCUCAGCGUUUGUAUUUAUGAUAACUAUAUUAAUAUUAUUAUAUACUUUGAAUGGUUUUGUCUGUUCUAACAUCAGUUUUUAUAUGCCCACAUUGAAUGUGGUCGUAUAUUGUCGUCGCCCCCGUCGGUCGGUCCAUCCGUCGGUCCCUAGAGGAAAAAGUUAAUAUCCGAUUGACUUUAAAUUUAUACACAGUGUUUAAGGUCAUGAGACGAAGAAGCCUAUUGAUUUCCAGCAAUUUCCGAUAAUUACUGCCAGAGUUAUGGCCUUUGAUCACUUCGAAAAAAAUCUUGUGGAGGCUCUAGAGGGUAAAGUUAAUAUCCGAUUGACUUUAAAUUUAUACACAGUGUUUAAGGUCAUGAGACGAAGAAGCAUAUUGAUUUUCAGCGAUUUCUGAUAAUUACUGCCAGAGUUAUGGCCUUGAUCACUUCAACAAAUCUUGUGGAGGCUCUAGAGGCAAAAUUUAAUAUCCGAUUGACUUUAAAUUUAUACAGAGUGUUUAAGGUCAUGAGACGGGGAAGCCUAUUGAUUUUCAGCGAUUUCGGAUAAUUACUGCCAGACUUUAAAUUUUUACGUAAUGUUUGAGGUCAUUUGACGAAAAAUCCUAUUGAUUUUCAAAGAUUUCCGAUAAUUACUGCCAAAGUUAUGGGCCUUGAUCACUUUGAAAAAUCUUGUGACGCUCUAGAGGCUUAUGUUAUCAUCCGAUUGACUUCAGAUUGAUACACAGAUUUUAAGAUCUUGAAACGAACAAGUAGCCUAUAUUGAUUUUCAAUGAAUUUUGAUAACUUGAACAACUAAAUCCAUGAUAUUAAAUAUUUUGUAUACUAAACGUUAGCAUGGGGCAGAAAUUUAUAAAAACCAAACAAAUUCUAAAGAUUUUUCUGAUAAUUAGUUAAUGAGUUGUUACUGAUUUUAGUGUAUUAUAAAUGUUUCAUUACUGAAAAAGUAAAAAUAUGCGACAACUUAGUUGACUGCCCGGACGAUUUAGCUGCUGUGGGCGUAUGUUUCAUUGCCUGGCAACCUAUCUUUAUGUUAUUAUGUGGAUUGUAUUUGUAUUGUUUAGUGUUCACUUUACCCUACAAAUGUAUAUCAUGCAGUUGUGUAAUAAAACAAUAUUAUUAUCAAUAA